GGCUUUUGCUUGCCCAUCCCGCGUCGCCCUUGUAUUUGUUUGCCAGCCAUGCUGCGACGCACGAGAAGAGCGCCCAAGGCCUGUUCCUGGUGCCAUCACCGGAAAGUGCGCUGCGAUGCCUCUAUCCGGGGCUGUCCCUGCACGCGCUGUCGCCAGGACGGCAGGCCCGAAUGCGUGCUGCGAGGCAAACUGCCACGGAAUUUCACGGGCUUCGUAGGUGCCCAAAACGGUAACCAGGACAGCACGAUCAACCAAACGAACCCUCACCUCGAGCGCAUUCGUGCCCUGGCCUUUGAAGCAGAUGGGCGAGAAGUUGGGUCUACUCUCUCUCCAGCUGCCUCUCUCCCAGGCCAUGUCAGCUUCGCCAGCUACGACUUCCUCGAGCUGCGGGGGUUGACGACGCUGGACGGGGAGGACCUCGCCUUCCUAUCUGCCAAAGGCUGCCUGAGUAUCCCCGAGGAGUCCGUCCUCGACGAAUUCAUCCGCCAGUACUUCCUGCAUGUCCACCCCAGCUCCCCCGUAAUCGACGAGGCAGAGUUCUGGCGCGUAUACCGCAACCCUGCCGCGGGUAAAAAGAUCUCGCUCUUCGUCUUCCAGGCGAUUCUCUUCGCCGGCUCUCCGUACAUCUCCACGGACACAAUUCGCAAGUGUGGAUGGACCGACAAACGCAACGCCCGCAAUGUCCUCUAUAAACGCGUCAAGGUUCUUUAUGACCUGCAUGCAGAGGACCGUCCGCACCCACAGGCCCAGGGCUCAGUACUUUUGACUCUCCAUACUUCUGCGAAUGAGCCCCAGAUCAGCAGUCUCUGGCUGACGCGCGCGAUUCAAAAUGCCAUGAUCAUCGGCUGCCAGCCUGGCCCGAUCGAGGAUAUCGACCCGAGUCUGAAGAAGCGCCUUUGGUGGUCAAUUAUCCUGCGCGACCGGAGCCUCUGCCUUGGUCUCCGCCGGCGGCCACAAGUUACCUCGUUUGAUAUGGGCAUGGUGGCUGAGUUGCCGGACGAAGACGACUUUUCAGAUGAAAUCCAUACCUCCCCUGUCUACAGCCCCGAGAUCAAGCGGAUGAUGCUCAAGGUUCUCCAAGAGCAAUGCCGACUGGCUGUGCUGCUGUCUGAGAUGAUUACAUUUGUCUUUUCCUCGCACGGUAUCGCAGCGCCGUCCUUGACCCUGGAGCAGUUCCAGGAGGAGCUGGCGAAGAUUGCGCGAACCAAGACGGCCAUGCAGCGGUGGGAGGCUCAUUCGCCUCUAUAUCAGUGGACAGAGGGCAAGGCGCCAGAGGCUGUCACGCUGUUGACGAAUUUCACAUACAUGUACUACCAAACUGCACGAAUUGAUCUGGCGCACUACGAGGCCCUCCUGCUUGAAAAUCACCUCAUGUUCAGUGGCAAGAACUACAUCACCCAAAUCUGGAAUGCCGGGAAUAUGCUGCGCGAUGCAAUGGCCCGUCUCACUAGUAUUAUGGAAUAUUUCGGUCGAGAGGGCCGAGCCCAGAAUCUCCCUCUCAGUGUUCUCGCCUACGUUGCCAUGCCCCUCGUCCUCACAGCCAUCGAUCUCAAACUCUCCCCAUCAGCAUCAGAAAUGGACCGCCGUCGACGCCGUCUCGACUCUCUAGGCGAGAUCGUGCGCCAUUCCGGACGCGUCUACGAUGUCACCGACUUUGUCACAGCAGGAACAAACCACAUCCUACGGCUCGCAUAUAUGACCUCCCAGCACCUCUUCCUCCGAUGGGACCAGGACCAACAGGGUCAGAUAUCCGGGAAACGCGGCUCCAGCCCUCCCCAGCAGUCCAGCUCAACAGGCAAGGAACUAGUCGAGUCCUCGUCCGCAGGCCGUGCAAAUACAUGGCACGAGGCAUUCUUGAAGUUCCCACGGGCAUACCUCCUUAUUUCGACGUCGGUCGACUACAGCCUCGCCGUCGGGAGACUACCCUACGACAACGCUCUUCCGGAACUGGUACGCAGCAUUCCUCCUAUCGGGAUGAGCAUCCGGCUCCCAUGGACGAUCGACAGUCCCACGGUGCAAAUUCCAGCAAGUCGCCGCCUCACGCGCGCGGAUAGUCUCCCAUAUCUCCAGACCGCAACAACGCCCGUGAGCGCUACAACGGAACAAACGAACCAUGACGUGCACACUCUCCCCGACGACACCUCAGUCCAGACGAACCUCGCCGAGCAGCAGAAUGACUUCUCUGUUCCUCCCCAGGCAACAAGUACACUCCCGGGCAUGUCUGAUUCCGGCGAAGUCGAGAACGCAGUACCGCUACAGACCGACAACAACAACAAUAACAAUGGCCAGAUAAACCUCGACUACCUGUACAUCGAGCCCGAGAGUGCGGGGGCGGACGGGCCGCAGAUUAUCGACCACGGCUCGGAGUUCGACCGGCUGCAGUUCCAGCAGCUGGCGCAGGGGUUCGACCCGUUGAUUUCGUCGUGGGUGCAGGAGUAUUUCGGCGAGGCGAUGUCGCCGCAGCAGCAGCAGCAUAGUCCGAAUAUGGAGUUGGACGGGUUGAGUUUGGGCUGA